AUGGGUCUCUCCGGUUCUCUCCCCUCCGGUUUGGGAAACCUCACCGAACUGCAAACGCUCUCCCUCCGGUUCAACGCUCUAACCGGACCAAUCCCCGCGGAUUUCAUUAACCUCAAAGCGCUGCGGAACCUCUAUCUCCAAGGAAACUUCUUCUCCGGCGAAGUUCCCGAUGCGGUAUUCGCGUUGCAGAACCUCGUGAGGUUGAAUUUAGGUAACAACAAUUUCAGUGGCGAGAUUUCUCCCAAGUUCAAUGGUCUCACUCGUUUGUCCACUCUCUAUCUCAAACGCAACAAUUUUACUGGUUCAAUCCCUGACCUUACUGUUCCGCCUCUGGAUCAGUUCAACGUCUCGUAUAAUUCCCUUACGGGUCCCAUUCCCAACCGGUUUUCGAGUCUGGACCAAACCGCUUUUCUCGGGAACUCACUCUGCGGGAAGCCCUUGCAAAGCUGCCCCGGAACCGAGGAGGGAAAGAGUAAAUUGUCCGGUGGUGCCAUUGCGGGUAUUGUGAUAGGUUUCGUGGUUGGUUUGCUGUUGAUUCUGCUGCUUUUGUUCUUUUUGUGUAGAAAAAGGAGUGAGAAAACCGAUGAAAGUGUGUCAACAGGGAAGCGUGAUGUGGGAGGUGAAGUGUCUCGUGAAAAGGAACGAACAACUCAACCACGUCAGAUAACACGUCCACAACAGCGUGCCACGUCAAACACACUGUAA